CAACUGGGGAUUCAGCAAUAACCGAAAAAUAAUAAUACGAAAACUACAUUUGGGGAGGGAGAGCGUCCUGAUGUAAGGGCAUCUGCAUGCAUUUUGCAGUAUUGCAUAUCUUCUGGGAAGAUCAGAGACACAAUUGACAUUACCACCGCAACCAUCUCCUUUUCUUGCAUAUGUUUUUUUGGUGGGGUGUCUUUUAAAAAACAGCCCUCAGUUCUAUUAUGAGCCUUAGUUGUUGAUUUCAAUUAAAACUACCUCACAGACUUCGCCUAAAGCUCGUGCUUUUAAAAAAAACUUGUAGGGUUUGAUUUACAAAACAGUUGAUGACAUUAAAAGGCAAGUGAAGGCCUUUGCACUGAAACCAAGUGAAGAACCUUAUGAUUGCACUAUAGAGAACACAAGUCAGAUAAGACUUCAGAAGGGGGAAAAUACCCCAGCAUCAGAUAGCUCCUGCGUUUUUGGAAGACUCAUCCAUCAAUUUCUCCCCAAAUUUACACCACCGAAGCAUCUUCUGGCUACACGCAUCGAAACAAGCAUUUAUAGCCGUGCUUCCAUUUUUCUUUCAAAGUCUAUAUUAGAAAUCCUUUUCCCACUAUGUUCCAGCGUUUCACCAGCCUCUUCUUCAGCGAUAGCAGCUCAGGUGAAGUCGUUGAAGAACCUAAGCCUUUUGUUUCUAAAGAGGAAGAAGAAGAUGGAUGGCUUAUUAUUGAUCUGCCAGAUAGUUCGGCUUCAAGUCUUGGCACUCAGCAGUGGGUAGGUGAGAAGGAUUCUGUUUGCGCUUCCCGUUGCCGCCAUGGGUCCCUUCCACCUACCACGUCUUCACCCUACUCCCUCAGUGAUUGUGUCAGCAGGUCCAUGCCCUCUCAGACUGACCCCUGCUUGAUGGAUGAGAGUUGGUUUGUUACCCCUCCCCCCUGUUUUACUGCAGAAGGUCCAGAUCCUGUCAGUAUGGAGAGCAGCCCUAUGGAGGACCUCUUGAUUGAGCAUCCCAGCAUGUCUGUAUAUGUCACCACCACCAGCAGCAUCAUUGUGGAAAGAGAGGAUCCUGAGGAUAACAUCCAGGAGAACGAAAUACCUGAAAACUGUUUACAGCGCCGUCCCCCACAUCACUCCACUUCUCUUGCUACUAAGACUGCCAUCUUGGAGAAGGUUAAUCAAGUGCGUCGGAUUCAGAGGGCAAAGCAGUUGGCAGAGAAGCACAAGUUCAGUCAAAAAGUCAUGAAGAGGCAGAAUCGUGCCAGAGAGUGCCGCCCACAACGGGCCAAACCCCAAGGCCAUUUUGUCUACCAACCAUGCCAGCGCCAGUAUAACUACUAAGCUACUUCAGGAAGUCUACACUGUGGGGCAUUAUCCUUUUAACUUUUAGCUUCACUAGCUCUUCACAAUGCUUUUUCCAUCCAAGAGGGUUGUCUUCAUUCAUUUUCUGAAAUUAAUUGUCCCUCCCUGUGAGAACUUCCUACAUUCUCAUGAACUUGCAACAUUAAAUGGUAGAUCUUUUGUGGGCUUUUCUUGAGCUUUAUUCCCCAUUUUUAGCAAAAAGUACAUUUUCUGAUCAAUGACUUUUUUGUGUUUAAUGUCCCAUCUCCUACUCUACAUCCUUUUUCCAGAUUUUGAUUUGGAUCUCAUAGUGAAUGAAACACAACAUGCCUUGCUAGCAUUAAGAAACAAGACAGCAAGUCAACUUUGAAACUCCAAUAUAUAGGUUUUUUUAAGUGUUGGAAAAACAUAUAUGUAUGUUGGUUGUUAAGAGAGACCAUGUUUUUUGUGUGAGUGUUUCUUGGUCCUUAGGUAGCAUGAAUUCACACACUGGCUAUUGUAGCAGUUGCCAGUGUUACACUAAUUUGGUGCUUCCAGUGAAUAUAUCACCUUUAUUUUAAUUUAAAUAAGUUACAGGAGGAACAUGGUGCCCUGUCAUUUUUCAUCCCUUGUUAUUGCACUAGAGAGCCUGUGACAUCAGUGCCUUUCUUUUUGACAUCAUGCUCGUGACACAAAAAAAUCCCUAACAGAUUAUGAUGUCAACUGGAGAUACCAGGUUUCUGUGCAAAAUGGAACACAAAAAAACAAGAAAGAAACCUAAUGGAUCCCAAGUUAAAGAUUAAUGACAUGUAUUUUAACAUACUUCCCUCCAUGAAAAAUAAAUAAUUUGUAUAUUUGUUUCUUUUGAUGAGUUGAUGUAAUGGCUGCUCAUAAAUUAUCAAGGAAUAUCCUUAAUUGCCUUGAGGCUGCAAGGCAAUACAAUGAAUAUUUCUAUGAAUUUUGCCAUUGACUUCAAAUGGAAUAUAGAUAGAACCUAAUUCUCUGUUCAGGUUGUCCCAUGAUGCAAAACUACAACUUUGAGAGCCCAUUUUGAGUAGAUGCAAUUAACACUAACAAUUUACAAAUACUACAGAGGAUAUGUGAUUAUGAAAAGGGCAAAGUGGUAUGAGUACUUUUCCUGUCUGAUUAGUUGCAUGGUUAUCAAGGAGUUUCUUACAAUACUAUUAAUGACUCUAUAAUUUAAUGAUCAAGUGUUUAGAAAAAGAUUUGAAGUGUUUAGAAACUUUUGAGGCUCAGAAGCACAUUUGUAAGCUUUGGGGCACUUUUAGAAAAUGGUGCACCUGGGAAUGAAGGCACAUGAUAAAUCCAAAUAAGUCCCAUAACAUGUCCCAAAACUCCCAUUUACCAGAAAGCCAACUGGAGAGAUUGCUCCCCACUACCCCAGCUUACCUUUUUAGGCAGGAGGGCAUUUUUCAAUGUAAGCAUUGCUGCAGCUACCUACCAAUCCUUAUUUCCUAAGGACUUUUAAAGGAUGCCUAUAAGGUCUAGGGGUAUUCUUAUUAUAAGCUGGUAUGCUUAUUUUGCAGCAUCCCAGCUUCUGGUUAUUUUUAAAUUAAAAAUAUCUAAAUUAAAAUCAAGUUGAGUGAAGAGCCUCAUGUAUGCAUAAAUAAAUUUUAAAAGAAACAUAAAGAUUUACAGGCUUGCAGCUUUUUAAAACGUUUCCAUGAGGCUGAUUAUGGACUCUCUUGCAAGGAAAAUACACAUAGCCUUCAUAGGGAGCAUUUCUAAAGUGUUUUCCUUUAAUCUUGUGCCAUUUAGAUGUGUUGAAAUCAUAAGGCCCACACUGGGUGAUAGAAACUGUAGUCCAGCAUAUUUGAAAGACACUAUAUAUAGGGAAGAAUAUACUAAACAGAAAAUGCUAGUGCAUUAAUGAAUAUAUAAUUUAAAAUAGGGAUAAGAAACCUACUUGGGUUAGAAUUUUCAAAGCUUAUCAUUGGAGUACUCAUAAAAGGAUUUUCACAGCAGUGUGGCUGAUCACAAAACACCCAUUUAUCAGAAGUCAAUUUGGCAAAGUUGCUUUGUUACUCUCUGUAGCCAUGCAGGAUCCUUCCCAUUUCCCAAUACUUUUUUUCUGGUGGAGAAGGUCAAUGAGGCUUUUGUUGCGACCACACCCAAUUUUAUAAGAAUGGGACUCGGAGGAUUUCUGAUGAAAUAAGUUGAUGCUAGUGGCUGGGUCUUUACUUUGUACUGUUCCUAUGUUUAUUUAAAUUCAAGGGGUCUUUUACAAGAUGGGAGCAAGAAUCUGAAGAUAGGAAAGAGAAUGUUUCCAGGCAUACUAGGAUCCAUAGGCACCCCUUUGUCCACCUUGCUUUAAAAAAAAUAAUGUGCAACUAAAUUUUGAAAGUUUGGACUCCCCUUUAAAGUUUAUUUCAACACUGAAUGGUAUUAUUCCUCAUCUGUAGCAUGGGGAUUAUCUCUUCAAAUCAACAUUAUUUCUGAGUGAGCUAGAUUUCUUUGAGGUUAAAUUGGAAAAGUUGUUGCUCCAUUAAAAAUGAACACUUUUUAAAAGCCACAACAGAGAUAGGGAAAUUUUUUCAUUUAAUACUUUUCCUGUUUGUUGUUUUUUUUCCUUCUAAUUAGGAAAAUGAGAACAUUCACAUCCUGUUUUUCAGCUACAUUUAUUCUUAACAAUACUUUUCCAGUAUGAUGCAGAUACCAUAUUUAAAUUCAUUCCGUGUAUUGAUUUUAGGAACUUUUACCUCAGAACAAUUUAAGGCUGUUUAUAUUUUUUAAAAAAGUAAAAUAUUAGAAAUCCUCUUUUGAGUUUAGUUUAAAAGGGGAGAUUUAUUUGCACUACAGAAGUAAUCCAUGGUUUUGCCACACUUAUUGACCAGAUCUGGAAAAAAACACCAUCCAAAUCAAUACAUGAAGAGAUAAUAUUGCCCUCCUAAAGUACAAGAGUUUCAUAUCAAUAUAACUGAACAAGUAGAAAUGUGAUAAAUAUAUGACUAUUUCUAUUCUCUCCUCUGAUAUCUCUAUAUUUAAAUCUAGAGAGUAAUUUAGAUGUAUUUAAGAACACAGGUAUCAUGAGUUUUAUACAGUUUUAUUUUGAAUGACAAAUUCUCAUGUUUUAAUUAUCUUUUGAAGAAUCUUAACUACAAAGUAAUUUGUCUUAUAUACCAUUGGAAAAUGUUAUGAUCCAAAAACAAAAUCGUUGUGUUAAAAGAAUUAUGUAGUAUAAUGGAUCUAUGGAUCCGGGUCUAUAUAUCUAACAUUUACAAGGGAUGAACGAACAGAAUGUUUUCUAUCUAGAGGUAGACUUCAAUUAUCUUGAUAAUUUUCUAAUAGUACCCAUUCAGUUAUGUUCUUGAUGAACACUAUCCUGCCAGAAAUAAAGAUGGUAACCCUAACACUUAUCUCCAAAAUUAAAGCAAUUAAUUUAAAUGUUAGAAAAGUAUAAAACUAUGAAAAAGUGUUUGCAAAAAGAAUAGAGAUCCAAGUGAUAUUAAAAGAUUUGCUUCUUUCCCCAGUACUGUCAUUCCCACCUAUUUGUUCUUUCCCCAUCCAUAAUCAGAUACUUGAACAUAGUUUCUAAAUCGCUCAUUCUGAUUAUCAAGGAAUUAGCUGGUGUUAAUCCUUACUGUAAUGAAAUUGAUGGCAAAUUCAUUCCUUACCUCCAAUGGAUUGGCCUUUCUGCCUUGAACAGUUGUUGGUGUUCACCAGUUACUGCUAUGGAGACCUGGCAAGGAAUCUUAAUAGCAGCAGGCCAGAAGCUCAAAACUGCAUCACUGGAAGUUCUUAUCUUUUCCUUGGCACAACCUCUUGUGCUCUAGGAUAGCAGCCAAGAAUACCAACCCUGUCAGCAUCUUGGUUGUUUCAGAAUAUAAUAUUUAUAUUUGUCAAUAUGUGCUAAUGAUCAUGUUUUUCCAGGAAGCUAUAGGACUUCUGACUUAUGAGGUACAGAUGAUGUGAAUUGCAAAUAUACUUAAUUUGAUAUUGGUUUCAGAGCAUUUAUUUAAAUAGGGCUGAAAUAGACUAUAUUUCAAAUAGUUAAAAUAGACUAUAUUCCCAAAUUGCAUCUUCUGCUUCUCUUAAGACUUAUUUAGAAAGCAAUUCAGGUGGCAAAUAUGAUUAGACAAAUAUAAGUCAGAUGUACCAACAUUAUAGUAAUCAAAGAACAUUCCAGUUCCCUUCAAAUGCAAAUAAACCGAGUUAUUCUAACUUCUUUUAAUUUUAUGUUUGCAACUUUUAUCCUCUGAUUAAAUGACUUUGUAACAGCAGCUUCUUGGAAAUUGGGAAAUCAAGAUGACUUAUCAUGUAAGUCAAACAUAAAUGUUUUAGAUACCUUGAUUUUCAUGAAGGAUUUAUCAUUUGAAAGAUAGGGAAUUACUAAUGUGAUAUUUUAAUAUAUAACUUUCUGAGAGAAUUUAGAGGAUAGAGUACACAUUUUGGUGAGCCUAUAAGGUGGCAAGAAGUGGGGAAGGUGGCAAGAAGUGAUAAGUUAUAGUCAUGCGAGGUCCUUGCUUAAUGACUGGUGAAGUCCUUACUUACAAAUGACAGCAACCAGGACUGCUGGAACUGCUGUUGCUAAGCAGCAUGGUCACAUGGCAUUGUGCUUUAUUACUGCAUCACUUAGCAAUUCCUGUCCAAGUUGCCAUUGUUAGCCAAGCUAUACCUGUAUAUCUUAAUAUCAAAUUUUGAUGAGAUAUUUAAACGUAAAAUUAGAAAGUUCAAUUUCUACAGAUCAACAGAGAUGAAUCCUUUGAAUUUUUUUGCUUCCCAGCCUUCUUCUACUUAAUACUUAAGAAAAUGUAAAUGCUUCAGAAAAAUUAAAAUCAAUUCCAUUGAUGUAAUAGUUACUAUUACAAAUGUUAAAGAAGAUCUAACAUUAGACACCUAAUAAUUGGGAUUGUGAAGCCCAAAAAUACCUCCAAUGUUCCAGUGUGUUGAUUCCUAUUUUAAAAGUCACUAAAAAUAUGCAUUAUGUUUGACUAUAGCCCUAGUUGUGCACUAGCAACUUUUCCUAAAUGUUGACCUUCCACAGAUAAUAUACAUAACUAGGUGGUACUAAGUUGUGUAUACUGUCACUUCCUUGAGUUUUACUAGAAUGUUAAGUAGAUGCAACUAUGUUGUUUUCUUGUCAGUGGUUUGCUUCUGACUUUUUUCCAGUCUAGCUUAAAGCCAUUGGAUAUGCUGGUAAUUGCCCAAGCACUUUCCUGGCCUAAAUGUGCAUGGAUUUUUUUAAGAUCAGCCAAAAUUUGAUAAAUGCUGUUGCUUCUCCCAGACCAUUUAUGUGAGAUAAUUAAUAAAGCAUUUUGGCAACUUCUUGCCAAUAGGCCAGUCACUAUCUAUCACCCUAGGAAACAAGCAGCAGCAAACCACUUCUGAAAUCUUGCCAUAGUCUUACUUUAACCUGAAAGAGACUGAAUGGCCAGUUGACAAAUUUAUAUAUUUAUGGGUGUGUCUGUGCAUGUGCACAAAUAUUUCUGACUUGAAGGUGUGCAUGCAUGUAUACACACACAUAUGCCUUGGUCCUCACCAGUGAUAAUAUUUAUCUUACAAUGAUGCAAUCUUAUUCCAAUUGAAUUGAAUGCUAUAAAAACAACUGGGAAAUCAACACACCAGAUUCAUGAAGCAUGAGAUGUCUUAAAUAUGUUUACAGCAGCAAGGUUCUGUCAUAUGCCUCUGAUGGUCAGAGAUGCUCAAAGCAAAUUGCAGGAACAUUAUAUCAUGCCCUACCUACAACAUCCCCCAAUAAUUCUGCCUGGCUAUUGCUGGGGACAAAUUACUUUACUAUAUUGUAGUAAGAAGCAGGAUCAUUGGUUAGGCCAACAAAAUAAUUUUUAGAUCCCUGUAAUAUAGAAGAAAUAAAUCAUGGAGCUAAACUUCCCAGAAACCCAAAUUAUUUAGAUCAGUUUUACUCCUCUCCACAGCUCUCUACUUCAAAAAUAUUUUCCAGCAACAUAGAUUAAAAUAAAGAAAUGCUUUCUCCUUCUCAUCUAGAAUUAGAUCCAACACCAUUUGAAAGAUAAGCAACAAAGCUUCCCAACAUGCAAAAAUAUAACUAGAAUUUUAACCUCUUUGAACAACAUAUGUAGACCCAAUAAAAAAAACAAGCGUAACUGUUUAUUCUUUUGCAGCUGAAUCUAUUAAAGAGAAAUUCCAGCUAUUUUUUCGUUGAAGGCUAAAAUGAGGCCCCACAUCCUGAUUUUUUAUAGGUAAAAUGGAGAUAGUAAAACACCAUCUUUACAUCUCAUAUUUGACUUCUGAAAAUAAAAUGAAUCUGCACCAGUUAUUGUAUAAACACAAACAUUCACAGUUACAAAGCAAAUUCUAAACACUUAAUAAAAGACUUUCAAUUGUUGUGCAAACUGUCAUUUAAUACAUUUAUAAAAUGCCUGCAUUAUUUCACUAUGGCUGCAAUUCAAAAAUUGGUCCUCUCUUACAAAAUGUGAUUUAUUGCAAUACUAUUGAAAAUCACAACUAUACACAAGUCUGUAAUGUUCAUCUGUAAUAUUAAGUCAACAGAAGGGUGCUUAAAAAUAAAAACACCUUACAGUGCAUUUGUAUAUAAAUACAUGUAAAUGCAUUAUUAACAUUCAACAUUUAAAGCUGAGUUAGCUAUGCAAUGAUUUUGAAUCAGUAGGAGACUGUUAUAAUGACAGACUUGAAAGACUGGCUGAGUUCUAGGUUUUUUGUCUUUUUUGUAACUUGAAAAUCUAAGGCAUGGACUCAGGGACAAAACAAAUUGUUGUUAUCUUAAAAAUACAUGUUUUAAAAAUG